AUGGCUCAACUUGAUGAUUCUGUCAGAGAAGCGAGUAAUAAUAGCGGCGAAGGCAAUAAUCAACCAGGAUAUAACAAAAUGACAGGAGCCACGACCAUAGAGGAAUUAAGAAAAAAUAAUUCUUACAAUACAUCGCGCGUCUCUUACUGCUGGCGCUGGUUUCUGAACUUGGAUGAGUUCGCCCGUAUUUGCAUCUAUUUCACGGUGGUCUCUCUUCUACUGACAGCGGCGUUGAUCAUCGAUGCUGCCGUCGGAAACGGCCCCGUGCCGAUCAAGUAUUCAAUCAAAACUAGCGAUGCUUUUUGCGACGAAGUUGUUGAGCAGUUCAUGAAAAAAUCGAGGAAUUCUCACAGCUCGGCUGUUUUGGGUAGUCUCUGCUUACUGGGAAAAACGCCGGACCGAAUUUCUUCGUACGGCGGGGGAGUAGCAGUCGUCUCGAAAAUGGGCUCCGACGCACCGCCAAAAUACCUGAACUUUUACGGUAUUCAUCCCUUGCCCGAGACCAACCCAGCUCCAGACAAUACGAUCAAGAAUAACGAGCAGCCGUAUCCAGUUCUGAUGCAAGGGAUGAAAAUCAUUCUCCAGUCGCGCAAAGAGUGGGAAGGCGAAAGAGCUGAGUGGACUUACAGCGGCAAAAAGGUUGAACACUACUCGCUGGAUGAACUUUUUGAUUAUCUCAUUGAAAAUGUGCCCGAUGAAGACCGAAACACCUUCAAAGCAAUCAAAGAAAACUACGAAGAAGGGAACGUCGAUCCAGACGCAAACGACGAUGAGAACUUUGUGGAAUACGUUGAAAAGCUCAAGUCGGAUGGGAUGAUGGAAAUGAUCGAGUUUGGGAGGAGCAAGGAUAUGAGAGCUGGCAACGAAACGAACGGAGAGGAGGUUGAAGACUACGAAGUCAGCUCUACUGUUUACUACGUCGACGAAAUCACAGAGCUCGUUCAGACUUACUCUAAACCGCUCGUUGAAAAUUGGCUUGAGGACAAAACCGAGGAAAAAGUGAAAAUCAAAGACGCGCAUCUAACAAAACACGACAACAACCUGCGAUCAGCCUAUGUGUCCGUUAUCGGUGAUGACUUUGUCUCAGUCGGACUUUCCUUCACUCUCGGCUCGCCUGAAAACACUGGAGGCGGAUUUAUGCCGCGAAUCGGAAAAGACGCCUAUCAAAACCUCCCAAGUCCGGUGAUUCUCCGUCAAGAAGAUGAGCGCUGCGGACUUUGCGCGACAGAAACCAUCAUCUUCGGGGUUGAUGACACAAAAAUGCCAAUUGCGACUCGGUCAAAAAUCAAAUCUGGAGAGGCCAAACUUGCCAAGCCCUUCGACAACCCAGACUGGUCGAAAAAGAUGCCGCUUGAGUAUAUUUCUUCGGAGAGCCGGUCAAUCUCGUUCUACCUGAAGAGCAAAACUGGCCCAGCGCCGGAGACUCCGUGUCUUCUGGAACUCAACUCACCGGGCAAUUCAUCGCUCAAGCAGAAUGUUCUCUGCCUCAGAGAAUUUCUUUCACGAACAAAGCGAAGUAGCAACGAUGAUUCCUCAGACAAGAUUCCAGAAACCGCAACUGAUGAAUCUGACGAUCAAUCCUCCCAGAUUGAAUACACCUUGUUUCCAGCGGACAACAACAACAAGGCCUCAAUUAGAGUCACCUAUUCGACCAAUUCUUAA